CACCAGCGCAGCCGGUAGCCACUGGAACCCAGCCGCUCCCUUUCUUCUCCGUCGGCUUCUGCCGUCUUCCCGGCGCGCAAUGCUUCGUCUCCCCGCUCUCCUCCCUCUUAAACCCUCGGCCCCGACCACCGGCCUAAACCCCACCCGGCGCAGCCAUGGCCACCGCGGCCCCAAACGCCUCCUCGCUUCCUCCACCACGCCGCCGCCACCGCCGCCGCCGCCGCGACGGACUCCCAAUCCAGCCACGGCCCCGAAACCCCCGAAGCCCGAACCCCGCGCGGGCCCCCAGAAUCCAGAAGGCGCCGCCGCGGAGUUCCCCACAACCAAGCCCCGCAAACCACGCCGCGGUCGCCGAAGCGAGGCGGCCGCCGUGGAGGACUUCGUCCGCGACCGCCUCGAGCAGGUCUUCGCCUCCAUCCAGGAGCGCGACCCCGAGGUCCUCCAAGGCAAAGGCGACAUCUUGAAGCCAAAGGAGGAGGAGGAGCGGGCUUCCGGCGAGGAGCCCGGGGAGGAAGAUGGGGAGCAGAAGACGGUGGUGGAGGAGGAGGACCCGAGCUGGCCACUGGACGCCGACGUCGGGUGGGGGGUCCGGGCGUCGGAGUACUUCGACAAGCAUUCCAUCAAGAACGUGACGGUGGACGGCGUGGAGAUCGAUUGGGAAGGAGAGGUCGACCGGGGCUGGGUCAAGGAGAUCAACUGCUUGGAGUGGGAGAGCUUCGCCUUCCACCCCAGCCCCCUUAUCGUCCUAGUCUUCGAGCGCUACAACAGGGCGGCUGACAAUUGGAGGUUCCUUCAAGAAUUGGAGAAGGCUACUAAGGUAUAUUGGGAUACAAAAGAUCGGCUACCUCCACGGACUGUGAAGAUUGAUCUGAACAUCGAGAGAGACCUGGCAUAUGCACUCCAAGCAAAGGAAUGCCCGCAAUUGCUGUUCUUGAGAGGAAACAAAAUCCUAUACAGAGAAAAAGAGAUAAGAACAGCUGACGAACUAGUUCAAAUGAUUGCCUAUUUCUACUACAAUGCAAAGAGACCAUCAUGUGUCAAUCCCGAAGCCCUUGCUCCUUCAUUCUAAGUUCCUGGAAAGUAUUAUUAAGUUCAUGUUCUGGGAGAAGAGGCUGAGUCUCCAAGUUUGAUGUUACCUGGAUAAGAUGCGAAAGGGGACAUUUUGGAUGCCUAUAGUGGAAAGGGAACUGAGAAAAAUCGUCUCGACGGGUUGUGUCAAGCAAGGAAGGUGUGACAACAAACAUGUAUUUUGAUAUUCAGCAGUCUUUUGUAGUGUAAUUUAGUAUCUAAGAGUAUAUUUCUCAGUUUCUAGUAGUGAUGUUCUAGAUAGGACCAGUGGCGAAGCUAGAAGAUCAGAGGAUUUGGGGUUAGCUACGUGUUUUAAGGUGCAAUUUCCACUAGUGAGCAAUGACAAAGACUAGAUUACUGAAGGAUGUAUGGAUUCCAUUGGGACCAAAUAGCUGUAUACCAGAUUCGCCCUGGAUAGGAAAGUGUUGAGUGACAGCUUCAUCUUCUAAAUGCAUACAGUAUCGAGAUCAUUUACAGAUUAUUAUUUUCCUGGCUAAAAGAAGUCACCAGGACUCCCAGUUCCACUGCUGAAA